AUGUGUGCUGCUUCUGGUCUGACUGGAUCAACCAGGACCACCCUGGCAGUGGCAGUGAUGGCGGUGAUCGAGAGACCUUUGAUAGUGUCUGCAGUGCUCCUGAAGACAUUGAAUAUUCGAGUCAAUUGUUGCAUGCCAAUGGACCCACCGUGUCCCUCAUCAACACCAUCCACAAGUACCACUGUAUCAACGUCACCUACCACUUCACCAAGGACCUCACCCACCACUCCAUCAACAACCUCACCCACCACUCCAUCAACGACGUCACCAACCACUCCAUCAACGACGUCACCUACCACUCCACCAACAACGUCACCCACCACUCCAUCAACGACGUCACCUACCACUCCACCAACGACAUCACCUACCACUUCACCAACCAGUUCACCAACAACUUCACCAACUACUUCACCAAGUACCUCGGCUACCACAUCUCCAACCUCCUUGCCUACCACUUCAACAACCUCGACUACCGCAUCCACCACUACGCCAAUACCCACUACAUGCGUUGUUACUACUGCUGUGACCACAACCCCAAUGCCUACCACUACUCAGACCCCAGCACCUCCAUCCACCACCACCACAGUGACCACAACCCCAACACCUACCACUACUCAGACCCCAACACCCCCAUCCACCACCACCACAGUGACCACAACCCCAACACCUACAACCACUCAGACCCCAACACCCCCAUCCACCACCACCACUCAGACGCCAACACCCCCAUCCACCACCACCACAACCCCAACACCCACACCCACCACCACAGUGACCACAACCCCAACACCCACACCCAGCACCACAGUGACCACAACUCCAAUACCUACCACUACUCAGACCCCAACACCAAUCUACACCCACCACCACAUGACUAUGACCCCAGUAACUACCACUACAGAGACCUCUACUCCAACAUCUACCACUACUCAGACCCCAGCACCCACACCCACCACCACA